AUGGAAAUGUGUGAACGGAAUCCCUUAAAUCCCGGCUAUGUUGGUUCUCUGCUGAAUUUCGCUGCCCCAGAAUCGCUCUACUUCUCCAAUCUUUGCGGCAAUGGGGCCCAUAUACCAGGGCUGCACCAGCUCCCUGCAUAUAGCAGAAGAGAGGUUUGCGCGCACCCGUGGUCUCCAUCAGGUUCGUGUGCGGCGGCUCCUCCGACUCAGAGCCGCCCCUUCGGAGGGUUCUGUCCGCCGUUUACCAGCUCCACCGGCGGCCUUGUCAAGGCGCACCCGGAGGAGCGUGACCACGCUCGGUGCUUCGAAAAGACCGAGGAGGCUGGCAGGCUACAGGAAGCGGUGUAUGCUGCGUCGGAACACGGGAUCCGUGGAAUCUCAGAGUUAGAAACAGAGUCACACUGCUCUGAGACUCAGCUUGAUCCGGAUUCAUCAGCGCCUCUGAGCGGCACCAAGCAGGAGCACAAACCCACUGAGGCACCAUCAAAUAACCCGUGUUCCAGGACCACAUUUGGCCAAGGCGCCCCCUGGUGCUCCUCACACGUGAAAGCCCGAAAGAAGAGGAAGCCUUACACGAAGCCCCAGCUCGCUGAACUUGAGAAUGAAUUUCUGCUGAACGAGUUCAUCAAUCGCCAGAAGAGAAAGGAACUGUCAGACAGACUCGCACUAAGCGACCAGCAGGUGAAAAUCUGGUUCCAGAACCGCAGGAUGAAGAAGAAGCGCCUCAUGAUGCGCGAACACGCUUUCGUCUCGUACUGAUGUGACCUUUGGACUUGAUCCUGAACUGGGGAAUAAUUCCAGACUUGCUGUUUCCUCCCUUCUCUGUUUUCUGUAUGUCUUCGCUGGUAUUAAAUUGUACAUCUCAGUUUUUUUUUUUU